GUUCGAAGAUCGUCCAAAAUGCUGUCGUUUCAGAAUAUGAAUCAGAACCAGCGCCAGUUGUAUGACAGAGUCAAGAACAAGAGUGGAACGCUCUUUCUGAGUGCGAAGCAGAUUGGUGAUGAAGAAGCGAAGGCGAUCGCUGAGGCACUCAAAGUGAACACGACACUGACUCAGCUCGGGAAUCAGAUUGGCGAUGUUGGAGCGCAGGCAAUCGCUGAAGCACUCAAAGUGAACAAGACGCUGACUCUGCUCUAUCUGAAUGUGAAUCAGAUUGGCGAUGCUGGAGCGCAAGCGAUUGCUGAAGCACUCCAAGUGAACAAGACGCUGACUCUGCUCAAUUUGAGUGCGAAUCGGCUUGGCGAUGCUGGAGCUCAGGCGAUUGGUGAGGCACUCAAAGUGAACACGACGCUGGCUGGGCUCGGUCUGGGUGAGAAUCAGAUUGGCGAUGUUGGAGCGCAAGCGAUUGCUGAGGCACUCAAAGUUAACACGACGUUGACUGAGCUCUAUCUGUGGCAGAAUCAGAUUGGCGAUGCUGGAGCACAGGCGCUUGCUGAGGCACUCAAAGUGAACAAGACAUUGACAAUGCUAUAUUUGAACAAGAAUUUCCUGACCAGCACUGCAAUCACUACACUCAGGCAAACAGGCAAUACCAUUUGUAAAUUGGAAGGCCUUGACGACCAGCGUGUUCCGUCGCCUUCCGAACUGGCACAGAUUGUAGCUCGUGCAGUAAACGCUCAGCUCCAACCGUCUGUCAAUCUUGCAGCUGAGAAUCAGCAAUUGCGCUCCGAACUCGCUGCCAAAGAGCAAGUCCUCGCUACCAAAGACCAAGAGCUCGCAACGAAAGACCAGGAGCUGCAACAACUUCGCUUCGAUCUCGCUGCCAAGGACCAGAAGUUCGCAACAACAGAGCUGGAGCUCGUUGCGAAAGAACAACAGCUUGCUAACAAAGUCCAGGAGCUCGCCGCCAAAGACCAAGAGCUCGCUGCCAAGGAUCAGGAGCUUGCUGCCAAGGAUCUUGAACUGCAGUCAGCUCUUGAUCGGAUCGACGUACUUGAGCGCAACCAAGACGCCAGUGGAUCUGCAUCGAACUUUGAUCAACCCAUCCCACAAGUGCCUCUCGCAACGCUCGUCGCCGCCACGAACAACUUUGCUGCUGAUUCUCUGCUCGGCGAGGGAGCAUUUGGUCGUGUGUACGGCGCUAGUCUGCCUGGCCCUCGCGUUGCCAUCAAAAAGCUGUCCGCCGAAUCCAAGCAAGGCACGGUUGAGUUCAAGUCGGAACUGGACUCUUUGUCCAAAUUCCGUCACGCAAACAUCAUUGCCAUUCUGUCGUAUGCAGAAGAAGGCGACGAGCGAUGCCUGGUCUACGAAUUCAUGCCGAAUGGUUCGGUUCGCGACCGUCUCAGUCGCAAGAACAACACUCCCGCGUUGACCUGGUCUCAGCGCCAUCGCAUCGCGGCUGAUGUUGCCCGUGGCAUGCACUACGUCCAGACAGCAUUCCCUGAUCAUGCACUGUUUCACCUCGACCUCAAGACGGACAAUGUUCUGUUGGACGCACACUUUAACGCAAAAGUGUCUGAUUUUGGCUUGGUCCGUGCUGCCCAACAUCUCGAUGAUAAGAGCUACUUCCGCACCCAGAACGUGCAAGGCACUGCUGCUUACAUGUGCCCCGAGUUCUUUGACGAAGGCCGCAUGACCAUCAAGACGGAUGUCUACGCCUUUGGCAUGAUUCUGCUGGAACUGCUGACUGCAACCAAACCCGGCGCUCGCCUGAAAACUGAUACGCGGAAGGCGGUUAAAAACCAGAAAUUCAUGGCGAUGCUGGACUCGGCCCUCAAACCAACCGAAACCGACCAGCAGAGUGUCGGUGAGUUCGUCACUCUUGCACUCGAGUGUCUUGAAGAAGCUGCAGACGAUCGCCCGUCCUUUGGUAGCAUCCUUGUUUCGUUGGAUCCGUGAUGACAAGCGGAAGAUGUUGUUGUUUUGAAGCUCACAGUACUCUGUAGCGAGGCUUGUUUUCUGUACCUGU